AUGUCUUUCAAAACUAUCCUUUUCUGCGCUCAAGCCCUACUUAUUCAGGCUAUAAGCAGCCAAUGCAUUGGCGCUUACAAUGGUUUAGCUGAAGGAUAUGGAUGGGCUUCCGCCCCUUACGCCAUGGAGCCGGUCGCCCUUCGGGGGGCUGAAUGGGCAUCCCCAUGCAACGCCGAAUGGUCUGGACCUUGGAAUUCCGCUGGAAGAAUGCGCGCUGCUGAAUACGAAGUAGACAUGGAAUCCAGAUUUGGCUACGGCAUGAGCGGAGGUCUCGUCCCAGCAACAGUUGCAGCCUCCAACGGUGGAGGUCUUGCUGUAACAAGCUCGUCACCAAUCGCACCCAACGGCGUGUCUCUCAUCUCUGAAAACGCUAUUGAAGGACCACUCCUCGUCAGUGGUGAGAUUCCAUUCCUUGGGGCUGUUGCUUUAGAAGGAACACUGCCUACUGCUGGUUCAGGAGGCGUUGCGUAUGGAUGCGGUAAUGGAAACGUUGCAAUCUUAAACGAGGAUCUCAAUGCGUACGGAGCUUAUGGGUACGCCCAGGGCAUGCCCGCUUCUGCUCUUGCCGCUCCAGCUAUGGCGGGUCGCGGUCUUCCCACCCCAUAUGCUGCAGGUCUGGCCGGCCCAGCGUCAUAUGGAAACAACCGUGGCUGUGGAUGUGGAAGAAUAUAA